AUGGCUGAUCAGUUCCCGUUGUUGACAAUUAGCCAAUUGCUUAAUUCUAAAGAGGUCGGAUUGAUAUCGAUUGGACUUUACAUGACAUGCAAGAGAUGUAACAAAAGGGUUUUCAAGUCUAUGAAGAGCGUAACAUAUUCUUGUGAGAUUUGCAAUAAAUCCCACGUGACAUCAUUUGUUGCAAGGUAUAACAUGCAUCUAACUGUGAUCGAUUUUUCUGGCCAAGCAAAAUUUAUUUUGUUUGAGAGUACUGCUUUCUCCAUUGUGAAGUUAACUGUCGAGGACCUCAUUAAUGGAGGAGAUUACAAUGAGGUUGAGAAUCCUGAAGAGUUGCCAGGAGUUUUGAAAAAAAUUAUUGGGAAAAAGUAUAGGACAUAUUACUCUCCUCCGGUCAAAACCAUGUCAUAUCCUCCGGUCGAUACUCCCGUCGAAACUAUUGUGACCGGGCCGUGCUCACGUGUGUAUUGGGACGUGGUGGAUUUCCCGUUCCCUAAUGGUGUUGUUCCUGAUUUGAUUUAUCAGAACAUGAAAAAAAUUCUCGAGAGUAAGGGUUUUUUUGGUGAAUUGUCAAUCAUAGCAUAUGUUAAUGAGGAAAACUUCGCGGACGAAUUGCUCGAUGUUUAUGACAAAGCCGGAAUCACCAUCAUUCACCAUCCCCAUCUAGGGGAAUAUGAUAGAUGUCGUGUUAUGUCUCUGGACAUUGCUUGGUGGGCAUACGGAAAUUUUGAGACUUUUAGAUGGAGGAAAUCCUACGACCAAAGCGGAACCGUACAAGGUCAUCACUCUAAUUUACCUAUGUCUGCUUCUCCCGAGCCUCGCACAUGUGUAUUCUGGGACGUUGUGGAUUUCCCUUUCCCUAGGGGUGUUCGUCCUAGUUUGGUUCGUCGCAAGAUGGACCUAAUUCUCGAGAAGAUGGGUUUUCUUGGUCAGGUGUCAAUUAUGGCUUAUGUUGAUAACGAAUACUUAUGGGGUAAAUUGCUCGAUGACUAUGAGAAGGCCGGAAUCACCAUCAUUCACAAUCGCCAACUAGAGGAUAAAUACGCAAGAGUUCAUACUAUAAACAUCAAAAAGGACACAGAUUUCCUUAAUGCCCUUGAAGCUUUGGAGGAUAGGUAUUACAACGUUCUUUUAGCAGUGCCUCAAGAUCUCUCACCAAGUGAGCUACAAACUGUUAGCUUUAAAUGGCUUUUGACAAGCCUUUUAGACGAAAGCGAAACCUUACAAGGUCUUAACCAUCAGUUGAACCAUAAAUUGAAGGACAGAGAGGAGAAUGUUGGUUUUUCUGAUGGACUAGCUUCUCUGUAUCCCCAACCAUUUGGCAGGUCUGAGAUAACCCUCUUCGUGGAUGUCCAGCAUUGCCCAACAGAUGAUACAGAAAUCGCCCAAGGUCUUUGUCAAAAGGGUUAUAAAGUGUUAAUAAGGCCUUAUGCCAAUGAGUAUUAUUACAUGGAUCUUCAGUGGAAGUGCGGAACUGGUCCUGAUUGUGAUUUCAUGUCUGUAGACCCUCUAAUCAGAGUCGUUACUGAAAGUAAUAAAUAUGCAAAAAUUACGAGGAUGUUAUUGGACCUUCUUUUCUGGGCGAUGAACWAUGARGAUAMACCACAAAAUUUCAUGUUUAUCUCGAAACCCGACACCAAGUGCAACAGUGUUAUUGAAGCGUUGGAACACCGAGGUUUCAACCUUAUCCUAGGACCCUCUGAGGAGGUCUCGUUGCAGCUUUGCAAAAACCUACGAGAUGGAGAAAUGCGUAUCAACCAAACCGUAAAGUUACAAGGUCGGAAGCUCAGAGAGGAGAGUCGAAAACGUGGAUCGUCUCCGAUUGCUGUCUUCUGGCUGCUUGGGGAGGAUUGCCCAUCCAAUCCCACGCUGUUGGGGUGGAAUAUUGAAUCAACACUUUUGAAGAAGGGUUUUGUGGAAAUUCUGUCAAUCACGGUUUAUGUUGACGAGGGAAAACUUUCAAAUGAACUGGAGCAUGCCUAUUACAACUCGGGGAUGAGUGUCCAUCCCGUACCUGAAGAGUUUGGAAGCACACAUAUUAAUAUAAUGGCAUGGGACAUGAUUAAGUGGACAUUUUCCAAUUCUGAACCAUCACUCUUUUUGGUAAUCGCAAAACCCUUCCAAGACGUGAUGUUGGACUGUCUUCUUGAAGAUUUUGCUCACAGAGGACUCCAUGUUCUCUUCGAGCUGCCUGAUUAUAUGGAUGAUGGAAUCGAAGUGAGAAGUGGGGCGCUUGGUCUAAGACAGCUUGGUGUUGCUGCUGCUCAUUGCAAGCUUGAUUCGUUUGUUGCAAACUUCUUUAAAAUAAGCAUUGAUGGAGCUCGCGAAGAAGUAUUACUAGAGUUUGUUGAGAAGCUAAAGACAACGAAGGAGACAGGUCAGAAAGCUGAGGCUAUGUGGGCAAACUUCAGCUCGCGGUGGUUCUCUUUGAUGCACAACACAAGUUUGAUUGAUGCUGGUGUUGUAUCUCGCUUUGUUGAAUUUCUCAUGAGGGAGGAUUAUCCACAAUUUGAGUUUGAGGCUGCUUGGGCAUUGACGAACAUUGCUUCUGGGACUUCAGAGAAUACAAAGGUGGUCAUUGAACAUGGUGCUGUUCCGAUUUUUGUCAAACUAUUGGCUUCUCCUAGUGAUGAUGUCCGUGAGGAGGAAAUGGUUUUUUGCUAA